CGGGCCUGGGUCCACUUCCCGGCCAGUGCGCCUGCGCAGCGCCGCUGCUGCGCUGACGGGCAUUGCGCUUGCGCGACGGAACCGGUGGCGUGGUCGGUUAGCGGCUAAAGUCCGCUUCCGGACAGCAGCUCCAACUCUACGCUUCGGACCUGCCGCCUGAGGGGCCGGGUAUGGACUUCAGUGAGAGAAUGGAAGUGGAUUCCAGGCACCGAACUCUAUAUAAAGGCCGUACUGCCCCCUGGAAGGAGACAUACAGGAAGAGGUGUGUAGAAAGAUUGAAGAACAGCCGGGCAAAGCUGUUAGACAGGUACAGGCAUGUGGGAGAGAAUCCAAGCUGCAACCUCAGUGGAUCCUUGCUCGUGCAAGAGGUGAUGGAAGAAGAAUGGAGAGCUCUGAAAGCACAAGAUGGAAAUUUCCACUCACUGUGGAAGAGGGGAAGUUUAACAGAGGUUCUGAAUACACUGGAGAAUAUAACUGAAUUGGCAGAACUUGAGGAAAUUCAACAGGAGCUCCUCAGCGAAGAACAGGCCAUCAUAGAGGAGUACGAGGCCAGCUUACGUUUCGAUGAAGCCUGUUUGAACGCCAUUAUUGAUGGGUUUGUUGUUCCUGACGACAGACUCAUAUGCCCUGUUUGUAACAGGAACUACCUAAAUGUGAGCAGUGACUUUAUAGCUUGCCAGUGUGGGAUGUGCAUUAAUACAGGGGAGGUGACAGUGCAACAAUUUCGAGCUCUUCUUGAACACGGUGUCACUGAGCAUAGCACUCUAUGUGCACAUUGUCCAAGCUUUUCUGUCGUAAAUGGCAUAGAAGCAGAACCCUUGCUUCUCAUGAGCUGUCAGGCUUGUGAUUAUCUGUCCGUUAUCCUAUAGUUACACUGAGUGUUCCUGGAUAUUUUGCAAGAAUAGCGAUGAAUUCAGUAAGAAUAGCUCUUGCUGUGUGUAAAGUACUGAACAUUAUUGUGCAUUCUGUGUUCUACCUCUAAUAUAAUAAAGGUUUUUUAUGUUUCUGUA